AUGACCGAGGAUGAGGAAGCGAGUAGGAGUGGCGGAUCUACAUUGAGCUCGAGGGAGAGGAGGCGGAGCAGAGCUUCGAGGUUCGGAACAUUGUCUCCUCAGAGAGCCGCUGCUAUUCCGUCAGACCUUGUAGAAGCCAUAGCCGGUUGGAGACAAGCCACGCCAGAAGCGAUCUCUCCUCGAUCUAAGCGCAGAGCAGGCGCUCUGUCUGCUCACUCGCACCUUGCAGGGGCAGAUUCUGCGGUGAGAUAUGCCACACUGCUCACCCUCACACAAGAUCUGGCUUCUAGAAUAGGCGGACCCUUUGGAUGGACUCCGGCAACCGUAUUCGAUUACAACGCAGGAGUCGGAGAAGGACUGUGGGCGGUGGAGAAUGCUUGGCCAGGCGCUGUACAGAGGUUCGAAGGGCUCACCAACGGUCCGCUAGCCAGACUCGGCUCCAGCUUGCUGCGCGAUCUGCCAGAAGAUCACGCGCUGAGAAGGCUCGAAGAAGAAAAGAAGGUUCGUUUCCACACUAAUUCCACCCGAAGCAAUGCGCAGGCUUUUGGAAGACGUGAGCGCGGAGCAGCUAGGGAUGCGGAUGAGGAGGAGCAAGAAGCUAGUUUCGAUGCUGCUGUGCAGUCGACCUCUUCAUCUGCCCCAUCAAAUACGCUCGCCAUCCUGCCAUAUGCUCUCAGCGCACUUUCUAGCGACAAUGCUCGCUCGGCGCUGCUGAGGAAGAUCUGGGAGUCCGGAGCACAAAUGAUCCUCGUUGUGGAAGAAGGCGAUCACAGAGGUUUCGCGUGCGUGGCCAGCGCAAGGGAAGAACUGUUGGCUCUUGGCAACGAUCCGCCUUGUGCGAUGGCCAAUGUUGACGAAGAUGAGGUGCUUACGCUGGGUGGUCAGAAGUUCUACGCGCAAAAGAGCGAAAAUGCAGCUGCUGAAGAUGGCGAAGACGCGGAGACUGGACGUGCAUCAGGUGCGCACGUCGUGGCGCCAGUGAGUCUCCGUGAAUGUGGCUGGCCAACUCGAUGCUUUCUCUCUGAUUUCUUGCGGCUAUCCUCCGUCGACGCAGUGCCCACAUGACGGACCCUGCCCGCUGUUGCACGACUUUCAGCCACCACCUCUCGGCAACUCUUCUUUUCGUGGCAAGUCGAAGCUGCAAGUCUGCGCCUUUCCUGCGCGGGCCACCCUUCCGCUCUGGGUGGCCCGUGAUCGAAAGCGGCGAGAGGAGAACAGCAGAUACUCGUACGUCGUCGUAGCCAGAGGCCCUAGACCUCAGCGCACAACUGCGCAAGACACGACUCAGCUUCUAGCAACGGAUCCCUUGGGCUCGUCUCACAAUCUAGAAGCUCAGCUGGUGGCUGACGCGGGCAACGCGGACAGAACAAAGGUCGGCAUCCUCGAAGCGCUGAGAAGGAGCCCUAGUCGCCUUCCGACAGAUGUGGUUGUGGAAGGGAGCGCGCCCGCACCUUCAUCCUCAGAAGAUGCAGAUCCUGACGCUCGUCUUUCCAGCGUCCUAGAGGCUCAGACGGAGAUCGAGGCUGGGGCCGGAGACACCACUUUACAGUCGAGUGCCUCCAAUGGGAGCCAGCUUUCAAGUCUUUUGGAGGCAGCCAUGCGCAGAGAAGCUACGCGUGCAGGCGAAGAGGUCGACGAAGAGACUCUCCAAGCUGCCCUGGCUCAGGCGAAUGCUCAGGGCGUGUGGCAAGAUUCUGCGAGUCUUGCGGAGCACGACGACGAGAUUCAAAGGGAGGUGCAGGAGGAAGAAGCAGAGGAAUUCGGGAGCAAUGACGCAUUCAUAGGUGCACAAGGAGCCGAGAUCAACGCGCCCAGCUCCGCUCAGAUCCUCUCCGCUUUCAAUGAGCUCUCUGGACGUUCAGCUUCUGCGCCCACAGAGGUUGCUUUCCGCGACGUUGAUGUCGAGGCAGAAGAUGCGGAAGAGACCGAGAUAGUGGCACAACGCUUGUCGAGAGCUAGAAUACCUGGCGACGAAGUAGCAGAGGAGCAGGAGCUGCUCAACUCCCUUGAGGAGGACUUUAGCGUCGCUGAUGAAGAGGCUAUGAGGAGAGAAGCGUUUUACUGGCCACGACUUGUGUUGCCUCCGCUGAAGAAGGGAGGACAUGUAUGUUUUGAUGCCUGUAUGGCUGAAGGUGAGAGGUGUUCAGUGCACCGAUGUCUUUUCUUUCUCCGUCUCUGUUGCAAAGGCUGUUCGUCUGAUGUGUCAACAUUUUCUCACCCUUGAUUGCGCGCCCCAGGCACCAUCUCUCGCUUCACGCUACCAAAGUCAGCAGGAAGACAAGCAUAUCACGAUGCUCGCAAAGCUUCCUGGGGAGAUCUCUUUCCUCAUCCGUCUGUCAAGGCGCUGCAAGAAAAGGUGCCAGCAGCAGACACGUCCUCUCGAGCUCCCAUCUCUCGCCCAGAACAGCGCAACGCGCACGGCAAGAAGAUCAAGAAGGAGUUGCUCUCUUCAGCUGCUGCUAUCGGAGCUGACAUAGUCGCAGCGCAUCCAAAGUAUCAGUCAGCCAGCUCGCAGCAGAAAGAGGCAAAGACUGGCGCAGUGGAGAUGAGCUUUGGAGAGAGACGCAAGAAGGGCAGGAGGUGGGAGAGCGAGCGCGAUGGCGAAUUGCGCAUCAAUGCGCGCGAGAGCAGAAAGCGUAGCUUGGGCGACUUGGAUCGCGAGAUUUUUGGAUGA